GAAAAGUAGGCUGUUAACAUGACAUUAAACAAAUAAUAUCAGUACCUGGAAAAUUAAGCUUCAGGAUGGCCAGCAGUUCCAGGGUUAUGGAUAAGAGCUUAGCCUGGUAUUCCAGCUUCUUCAGCAGCAUUAAGCAGAUGCCCAUUAACGUGACACUCGUGAUUAUUUCCACCAUCGUGUUCUACAAGAUUGUGAGACUUACAAGGCGACGUCAUCAAGCUCAUCGCUAUGAGAAUCCAAGGGAAGCAGGUCCAAUCGAUGUGGGAAACGAUAAGCUUCCACCUCUACGGAAGGACUUUACGAUCCCUGAACUUCGCGAGUACGACGGUAACCGGGAGGACGGUCGCAUCCUGGUGGCCAUUAACUUCAAUGUCUACGACGUUUCGCGAUCCAAGCACUAUUACGGACGAGGUGGCGUUUAUCCAACCUACGCCGGACGGGAUAUUUCACGGAACUUGAUACAUUUCUCGGUGGAGUUGAAUGAUAGCGAAGAAUUCGAUGACUUGAGCGACCUUUCGAUCAGCCAAAUGAACACUUUGAGGGAGUGGGAUCAGCAGUACAAGGAGAAGUAUCCACUUGUUGGAAAACUUUUGCGCGUAGGAGAGCCGCAAACCAACUAUGCGGAUGAGGAGAAUUUCGAGUUGGAGCAGCAGGUUCAGGAUGGCUAACAUUCAUAUAAACCGCACAAAUAAAAGACUCCGUUUCGAAUACAAA